AAACUCCAUCAGAAUCUGGCACAGAGGCAACAGUGUUUGACCCAUCGGGAAAUCAGGCGACAAUCCCAAGGGAACAAACUGUCCCAUUUGCAGUUGUUAUAGUAAUUGUUGAACCAUUCGUGCCCGAACUGCGGAACAAGCGAAGUCGGGCUUUCGGGAAUUUGAGAAGGAGAUUCCUGCUAUUCUUGCUUCCACUAUACCGAAUUAGACGUGGUUUUCUUGGCAUUAUCUUCAAUUCAUUUUCCCAGGGAAGUGUUGUUGCAGAUAUUGAACUAUUAUAUAAUUCCACCGAACCAAUUCCGACUGCUGAGGAAGUUCAAUCACCAAUCGCUGACGCAAGAGAUAAUGGAUCGGCGAUAUUCAAUAUUUCAAGUUUACAAGUCGAGAGAGAGGGUGAGUCACACAGUACAAAUAACACACAUAGGUAGAAAGUUUUAUAUGUUGCUUAUAUCAUUAUUACGAGUGCUCACCAAAAAGUUUGAAUCAAUGGGAUUAACUCCUCCUGAGUUACAGCGUCUUUGGAAAAAAGUGCUGCCGGUCAGCAUUAUUUUGGAACGCCUUUAGAAACUGUGUUAUAUACAACAUUUAGUUAACAGUUCUUGGUUAAGGUGAAGACGAGACUUCAUAUCUGAUAUAAACAAUAACUUAAACAUUUUGGCUUAAACUCGCCUUUAUUUUAGCAUCCGAUUUUUGGAUAAGCGCUUGGUGGUAUAAAAUUGGCCAUUUUAUACCACCAAGCAUUUAUCCAAAAAUCAAAUGCUGAAAUAAAGACGCGAGUUUGGGCCAAAAUGUUUCGAUUCUUGUUUAUAUCAGGUAGGGAGUCCCAUAUCAACCAAGACGUUUUAACAAAAUUUUUUGUAUAACAGAGUUUCCAAAGGCGUUCGAAAAUAAUGCUGACGUCAGCACCUUGAUUUUCCAAGACGCUAUAGACCUUAUUCAUAAAUCGUAAUCGAGGCCUCGUAUCCUAGAAUACGGGGAAAAACGCGGGAAAACAAGCGAAAGCUGUUCGACAAGCUAAAUUCAGACGCCAUUUUGUCGACUUUACUGAUGGCUUGUUUCUUGUUGUUUAAUUUAAUUUUUGUGUGUGUUGUAAGAUUUUGUGCUCACAACGAAAGCUAUAAACAAUUAUAGUGAAAAACGACCGAUUUUUGUCCCGCUUUUUUGUGUGGAAAGUGUAAAAAUAUGACACCGUAGCAGUGGUGUUUAUUCAGAAGCGAAAAAACAGUACUUUACUGAGAUUUUAACGUCAAUACAUCCGUGAAAAAUCAAGACAACUAUGGAAUGUAAGUUUGUUUUAUACUUUGAUAUGAAUAUGAAACAAAACAAGAGUUCAAAAAUCACAAGAAAACGGUAAAUGUUAUUAUUCGCAUGGAAAACUGUGCCUGGGCUUGAAGACAUUCUGCAAGCAGCUUACAAGUUCAAAAAGUAAAAGAUACAAUACCAAUAUUUAAAACAAGCUUACCUUCGUUAACGUCGGCUCCCUUCUUUUAGCCGAUUCUUUCGCCCUUUCUUUACGAGAAAGCUUUUGAAAUUUACAAAAUCUUGCAAAAAUGCGAGCAAAAAUGAAAUAUAUUUGCAAGAAAUUUAUCAAUCAUCAAAUCAAGAAAUGUUUUCUAUUUCGCUGUCGUCAUGCAGUCGUUAUAAUGCAAACUUUAAAUUGGACCAAUCAGUGUCCGCUAUUCAUGACAGUCCGCCAUAUUUUUGAGAUCAGUGAGGAUGACCACCCACCAAAACAUCGUUGGUGAGCCACGCCAGCGAUAUUUGAUGAACUUUAGACUUCGCCAAUGCUUUCGUUUCCCCGGGUGUAAAUAGCCGGGGGGAAUUAGUACCCUCGCACGGCGCCGUCGGCUCGGGGACAAAAUUCCCCGAUAAUCACCUCGGCUUCGGCGAUUAAUUAUUAAAUAAAUUAGCAAAAGUUAAGUUCAUCUUGUUUUGCUGUGUAAAGUAAGCGGUUUCCCUAUAAUUAGCGCAUCAUAUUAUUGAUGCAUGAUAUAUAACUUAAUUUGCUGGCGGAGGCUAUGAAUCGAAAUCUCUGAGACCCUCUUGUUAAGGUUACAAACACCUUUGAGUGUUAAUUUUGCCUAAAUUUUUUUUAUUGGUUUCCAUGAAAGCAUUAGACUAGUUCUACUAUCUGACCAAGUUUGAACGAAAAAUGUUUAAUAAAAUACAUUUCGCUGCAAUAAGAAAAACAUUGAAAAUGUAAUAUUCAAAUUCCAUUUUCCACCGAAAUAGUUUACGGUAAUUACUGAUUUUCAAACGAGUUGUGCUCCUGCGGGUUUAACCAAUUAUUCUCAAAUUUUCACAGGACAUAGCUAAAGGACAUAGCUAAAGGACAUAGCUAAAUGGGCUUUUUUUUAAUUUUGGAUAUUUUAAAAAUAAAGAGCAAUUCACUCAAACAAUUCAGAAAUAUAAAUUCGCCAUAUCAGCGGAAUGACGAAAUAAACAAAAAUUUCCGAACACAAUUUUUUAGAACAACUAUUUUACUGUAUAAAAAUGAAAUUUUCAUAAAUAUAACUUAAAACCAGCAGGAGCACAACUCAAAAGCGGAAAGGUACCGCGAUUUAAGAUUUUCCUGAAUAAUUCUUACAUUAUUUUAUUAUUUGUUAAUUUUACAACUUUACCAUAUUAUGCAUGCACUGGAGAACAUUUGGUGAAAAUUUGAUUCAAAUCGAUUCAAAUCGGACUGAUGUUGAGCGCGCAGUAGCGAUUUUCCGCAAAACGCCGAAAAGGGUGUCCUGUAACCUUAACAUGAAUUUUAACAUUUAUUUAAUUUUAAUCUAAUUUAGGUUGUUCAAGUGCUCCGUGCUUGAAUGGUGGGAGUUGCACAAAUAAUGGAACAUCAUUCUCUUGCUCAUGCCCAGUAAGAUAUAGCGGCGACCGCUGCGAAAUGGAAGGUAAAUAUUAUUUUCAAAAAUGUCCUAGAUAUAUUUUUUCAGUUUCCAUUCUUUUUCCAGAAUGAAGUGUGUUUAAUUAAGUUUUACUUCGUCUCUAACAGUGCAAACUUUUGUUAAAUUUAAAUGCAGACUAAUAACGCGUUCCAAACUAUCUUUGCAUUUUCCAAAAUUCAUUUUUUUGGCUAUUUUCCUCUCAUUUUGCAGAUUUUGUGCUAAUUUUCCACAAAAUAUAAAAAAGCGUUUUAAAAAUGUUUGAAUGGCUUUGUACUAUCUGUAAAAUAAGUCGAAAAAAUUGAUAUUUGAGAAAAAAGCAUGAUGCAAAAUCACGCUUAAAGCGCGAAAACUGUUUCCAUAGAAAAACUCGUCAACAUAAACAAUCGUUUUCAAAAAAUCUUGCUGACCUUGAAUUUUUUUCUGCAAAAAUAGAGGAUUACGAAUAAGCAAAUUUAGCCCGCGUGCAGGCCCAAGGGAGCAGGCUCAAGGGAAUUUGAUAGUGGGCCUGCAAGCAAGACCCGGUAUUUUGUACUUUCCGCGUUCGCCCACGAACGCGGCAUUCUGAUUGGCUGUUUGCUGUUGGAUUCUAUAAUUAGGUCAGUGAUUCAUCACAAAGGCUCUCGAUAUGCUCAAAAUUCGAAAAUUUAUCACUUUUUUCGAUUAUAAAUGGAACAAGAACAAACUGUUUAUUGUUUACUAGAAGGAAGAGAUGUUUUUGCCGUUAUGCCAGUGGGGAUUGCUUGUCGUGAGUUGUUGGAAUAGCAACAUUACGACUGGGGUAAACUAUAGUAACCUUUACUUGAGUUUCAUUAUAAAUUUCAAACAGACUUGAUACGUUAUAUGUUCCUCAAGAAAAUUAUCUUUUGGUUGAUGUUGAGAUGCAGUUGCAUGUUGAGAUGCAGUUGAGAUGCAGUUGCAGAUGCAGUUGCAUUGAGUUUCUACUUAUUUUUUAAGGUAGUAAUAUAACCACUCAGCACAGCAUUUUCACAUUGGUACUACCCACACUGGUACAGACAGUUUUAGUUGCAUGUAAGCCUAUUAGAAACACUUUGCGAUUUACAAGGCUUCGCUGAGAGAACGAAACAGAAGACGGUAUAUUUAAAUUGCCGUUUGAAACGAAACGAUCUCUUCUUUUGUAGAGUUCUUUACCAAAUGAAAUAACUGAAAUAAAUUUCGUAAAUUUCCGCUGCCAACAAUUAAGAAUUGCACACACGAUCUGUAGGUGAGACAAUUUAUUUAUAACAAUGCCAACGGCGACAGAGAAACACACAUUAUAAAUGCUAAUGUGGUCGCACGACUUCCCUCACGAUUUGAAGUUUGAGACUGGUUUUCUGUUGAAAUUCGUCCUAAUUUGCCUGUUCCGAUUUUAGUUGAAAAUGAGCACUUGCAAAUUUGGCAAUUACUGACUGCGUUGCUUGCUUUUUUGGAGUUAAAACGCAGCCAUUUACACAUUGUUUAUGUUCUGAAUAUGCAGAGUUUGUUUGUUAAUAUAAUGCGAGUUUGUUUGUUAAUAUUUGGGUGCUGUCAUUGGUUCUUUUUUGAAAAUUGACGCGCGAAUGGGGCGUGUUAUGAAAAGGGGCGUUUUACAAAAUACCGGGCCUUGCUUGCAGGCCCACUAUCAAGUUCCCUUGAGCCUACUCCCUUGGGCCUGCACGCGGGCUAAAGCAAAUUACAAUACAUUAUCUUGGAAAUGCGAAAAUAUAGAUGCACCUUAUCAAGCAGCAUAAAAUGUUAAAGACAAUGAGAUGCCCCAAUUAAAAUAUACAAUUUCCGAAAUAUACCAACGAUUUCUGAAACCCUGUAUAUCUCGAAUAUAUUUAAAAGUUAAAACUGCAGAGACUGCUAGUUCAAAGUAUCAGAAAUUCUGAUACUUUUGAAAUCAUCUGUAUCUCAAAUACACUUAAAAGUGCAGAGACUGGUAGUUCAAAGUGUCAGAAAUUCUGAUACUUUUGAAAUCCUCUGUAUCUCAAAUAUACUUAAAACUGCAGAAACUGGUAAUCCAAAGUAUCAGAAAUUCUGAUACUUUUGAAAUCCUCUGUACUGUAUGUCAAAUAUACUUAAAAUUGCAGACUGGUAGUCCAAAGUAUCAGAAAUUCUGAUACUUUUCAAAUCCCUUAUAUGUGAAAUAUACUUAAAACUGCAGACUGGUAGUUCAAAGUAUCAGAAAUUCUGAUACUUAUGAAAUCCUCUGUACUGUAUGUCAAAUAUACUUAAAAUUGCAGACCGGUAAUCCAAAGUAUCAGAAAUUCUGAUACUUUUGAAGUCCAAUAUAUGUGAAAUAUACUUAAAACUGCAGAAACUGGUAGUCCAAAGUAUCAGAAAUUCUGAUACUUUUGAAAUCCUCUCUAUAUCAAAUAUACUUAAAAUUCCAGACUGGUAGUCCAAAGUAUCAGAAAUUCUGAUACUUUUCAAAUCCCUGAAAUGUGAAAUAUACUUAAAACUGCAGAAACUGGUAUUACAAAGUAUCAGAAAUUCUGAUACUUUUGAAAUCCUCUGUAUCUCAAAAAUACUUAAAACUGCAGACUGGUAGCCCAAAGUAUCAGACAUUCUGAUACUUUUGAAAUCCUCUGCAUUGUAUGUUAAAUACACUUAAAACUGCAGAAACUCGUAGUCCAAAGUAUCCGAAAUUCUGGUACUUUUGAAAUCCUCUCUAUAUCAAAUAUAAUUAAAAUUGCAGACAGGUAGUCCAAAGUAUCAGAAAUUCUGAUACUUUUCAAAUAUUAUUAGACUCUAAAUUCCAAAAUUUAUAAUGUUAUUUUCCUUCGCCCGCCUGAAAAGUCAAGCUUGUUGCUAAGCAAUGAGUAUAGACAUGCGUGUGACGUCACUGAUUACAUGUUACAGGGUAAUAACGUCAUCUUAUAUUAUAAAAGAAAUAGAAAAACGCGUCUCGUGCGUUUAUAAUGCAAUAAUGCAGGAAUUGUCAUACUCGAGAAUUCACUAGGCCAAACGGGUGCUUAUCCGUGUGGUACCCGUGUCUUGAAGUUUUUAUGCAGGCAAUAUUCUGACCAGGGAUAAACUUAAUUAUACUUAGCAAAUAUACCUCUAUAUAACAAUAACAUGUUUGUUAAUAUUUUGCACUGGAAAUUAUAAAUGGUUGUCUUAAAUAGCAGUAAUGCAACUAUUUUUACUUUUAACAGAAACUCCACCAGAUGGAUUCGAAACUUGGAAGAUUGGUGUCGCUGUUUCUCUUGCCUUCGUACUUCUUCUUCUUAUUUUUAUUUCAGCUGUGGUGAGUAUUAGUUUUAUACGUUGGGAAGGUUAUAAAUGCAGACAAUAAUAAAAUGAGCUGCUUAGAAGAUUGCUUAUUGAUACCUUUUGAUAUAUAGUGUCGCCGUCAGCCUAUAUGUCAACAGUAACAAGACAAAAAAAAAGGGCGAUACAAUUAAAGAAUAAUUUUAGUAUAAAACGAGGAACAAACACUGUUCCAUUUCGUUUUAGUUUGCGCAAACCAAUUACAAAACAUGAUCAUUUUAGGUUAAUAUUUCCUCUAUUAAUAGUUUUGGGCAAGUGUUAUGUGACACAAUAAAAUGUAAAUUUUAAUUUUUGUUGACAUGUAGUGAAGCGGACAUGAAACUGCCUUUUCGAAUUCCAUUUAAUGUUUAGAAGAAUAUUAUAUAUAAUGUAUGUAAAUCAAUAGAAUAAAUUUGUUUCCUGACAGUAACCCUAAAUGAUAAAAAGACCAACGCUAAUCUAUUUAUGAACGUUUCCUAUUUAAUUCCAUACCAUACAAAACGAUACCAAUCAUAACACACUUCAUCGCAACACACGCCCUUGGAAGUCACUAGACACAAAAAUAUCUUUGAUAAAAUCUCCUCCCAUGAUAAAUCCAUGUCCGUACCAUUUUCGUAUCCCUCCACUUUUGGUGUUUCAAAAUGCAAAUUUAUUAUUUAGAUACUCGACUUUUCCGAAAACAUUUACUUAACUUAACCGAAAACUCGUUUCGCAAUUCACAUUAGCCAAUCGAAAAAAGCAAGAUAAUUUUCUCACACGUCAGAAAAGUCCAAUCAAAAUGAGACAACGAUGACAUAUGAAUAAAUUCACUCACAGGGCAAGAGUCUUUCCGCCCUUUGUUUAUUUCACUCGCAUGAACUGAGCAUAUAAACUCUUCUUCUUGAGCAUAAUCUUUUCUUGUUUUUAAAGCGAUUUUUUUGUUCUUGUUUUGAUUGCAUGCUUUCCAUGGAGGAUUGUAUACGUAUGUUAACAUUAUUUAUUGAAAUUUUCUUCCCGUGCAUAUGACUUUCUUAAAAACUAUGAAAUUAUAUGGUUCAGUGUAAGUAGCCUAUAUGGUAUUUCUCCAAAAGAACUGACGAACAUACCAAAAAUAGUGAGUUAAACAGUGUGUAUUAGAAUAACAUUUGUGACUUCAAUGGAAAGUAUCUAUAAAAAAAAGAAAUUCUUUCAUGGGAAGUGCUUUUGUAUUGUAUUGUAUUGGAUUGGAUUUUGCUCGCCCAUUGCAUUCACUAUAGUUCGCUUUGUGAAAACCAAUGGACCAUUCCCCAAUUAACCAAAAUUUUGAACUCAACAAGUCUAGACAAAAAUUUCAUCACAGCUUGAAAGAGCAUCACAAAAUUAAUAAUAUUCCAAAGUUUCGUUGCAAAAUGUUGUAAAAUGCGGAUAAUAAAGCCUUGCGAAAUUUGCUGUUUUUCAGUCAUUUUAUAUUACAAACGGGAAAUGGUUAUACUACUUGUUUGCGUAAUACAAAAUGACUGAAAAUUACAAACUUCGCAGUGCUAUAUUAUCCACAUUUUACAACAUUUUGCAAUGAAACUUUGGAAUAUUACUAAUUUUCUGAUGCUCUUUCAAGCUGUGAUUAGGCUAGUUAAGAUCAAAAUUUUGGAAAAGUGGUAACCAUUUCCCGUUUGUAAUCUAAAAUGACUGAAAAUUGCAAAUUUCCCAAGGAUAUAUUAUCCGCAUUUUACAACAUUUCGCAACGAAACUUUGGAAUAUUACUAAUUUUGUGAUGCUCUUUCAUGCCAUGAUGGAAUUUUGUCUAGACUUGUUGAGAUCAAAAUUUUGGUUAAUUGGGGAAUGGUCAUUAGUGCAUGCAAAAAUACCAUAUUCCUCCACUUUCUGUGAAGAAAUGUUUUAAUCUACAUCCACCCUAACGUUUCUGAGUUGUUUCCCGAACCUUUCACUAAAGAACGAUGUGUUUUCAUAUUUUGCAGGUAGUAUGUAUUUAUUUUGUCGUUAAUUAUGAAAGAUCUUCUAGGAAAAAUUGCUUUUUUGAUUGCAGGUUAUUGUUAAUGGACGCAAAGGAAAGCAGGCACGGUAUAAUUUGAAAAAUCGUAGAAAUAGCUUUGACUUGGAUUUUGAUCUCUUUUCCUCUGAUGGUGAUAAAUUUAAUGGCAUUCCGGUAAGAAUUACAUGUCUUAUAUUUUAAUUUAAAAUAUUUGAAGAUAUUUGAAAACGAUAACCCUUCAGGUCUUAUAGGCAUCUGUUUUUGAAUUAAUGAUUAGCUUGCUCGGUGUGUUUGACAUAAGCUCGCUCGGUGUGUUUGACAAAGAAUAUCCUAUAUACUUUCGUUUAAAUGGUGAAUAUGACUCGAUAAACAACACAAACAACAUUUAAAGUUUGUUCGUUCACUGCAACCAGGUAUAUCAAUCAUGUUUUCGCUCGCUACUCUGGUUUGGGUGAGUGAUUGCAAGGCCCGGUCGGAUUGUAAUCAGGGCCUGACUCAACGUUUCGACAUUCCGGUCUGGUGUCUUCAUCAGGGGUGAUCUAAAGUUGCAAUCGUGGCUUCUUAGGUACCCUUGGCUUCUUAAGUACCCUUGGGUAUUUAAGAAGCCACGAUUGCAACAUUAGAUCACCCCUGAUGAAGACACUAGACUGGAGUGUCGAAACGUUGCGUCUUGAUUACAAUUCGAAUGGGAUUUGUAAUCAUUUAUUUAAACCAGAGUAGCGAGCCAAAACAUGACAAACAGUAUUGCAUUAGAAAAAUGAUAUCCAUUGCUGUCCAAUCAACAUAUUUGUUGUUUUUUUACAAACAAAAAAUAGGCAAACCGAAUCUAAUGAACAUUUAAACCAUCUGCUUCUUAUAAAUAACAUUUCUCAUAAAUAUGCAUGUGAUUUAUGUAGUAGAUAUUGUAUUAUUUAUAUAUAGUGCAUUAAUUAUAUAUAUACAGUAUCUAGGAAAAUGUUAUGUUAAUAAAGUUAUUAUUUAUUAUUAUUAUUAUUAUUAUUAUUAUUAUUAUUAUUAUUAUUAUCAUGUUAUCGUAUUUUAUUAACACUGGUUCUUACUUGUUUUUCUAGAAUUACGCGGAGUCAUUUGAAAUGGACGAGAGACGCGACAUUUAUAUGUAA